AUGGGAGAUCGGUCAGAAGAGUUUCAAAGCUCUGGCGAUACGCGCCAUGUACAGGUGUCUUUCUUCAGCGAGGAACAAACGUAUGUUUUCGAUAUUCAAAUGUCUGUUGUUGUCAGUUGUUCUUAUGAGACAUUUUUAAGGAUCAGCAAUAGUUUGUCUGCAAUAUUUGAUGUUCCUGUAUCUGCCACUUGUGAAAACUUAAAUACUCUAGUCAACAAAACCAUUUCUUCUAGCAAAGAUGAUUGGAACGAACAACGGUUCGAAUUCCUCGUUGGCGAAACAUUUAUUCGUACAUCAUUAGCGGAGUUCAUCGAAGAGUACGAUGUGGAAACCGAAACCGUUAUCAAAAUUGAAUGUGUUCUCGGGAAACCAAUUCCCAAGCCACUCCAUGAUAUACCUGCUCCUGACUGGGUUUCAUCUGUUAUCGUUUCUCCAUCGCAUUUCUUCUCUACGACAUAUAGUGGUGAGAUCAUAAUUAUGGACAAGAAAGGCAAAAAAGUUUUGGAAAAUAGUCGAGAGAAGGGAAGCGCAUACAAAUGCAGCGUUUUACUCACGAACAAUACAGGUAUAGCUAGGAACAGUUCCUUCACUUUAUACAAUCUAGAUAAUUCGAAAAAAUUGGAAGGAACUCAACUUGUGACAGCUGGCGAAAACCAAAUGUUGACGCUCUUUGAAGUAGAGGACGGUACAUUGCUACCUAGGACUGUCUUCCGUGGUCACGAGCGGAGUGUUGAAUGUGUAGACGCUAAUGUAGACUGUACUCGUUUAGUCUCUGGUGAUGAAUCGACAGUAUUCGAGAAAGAUGCGAGAAGUGAAAACAAACCAAAAAAGCGAAAAGAAAAUUUCAUCACGAAGGUUCCAAUGGUUACAUUAGGUGGUCAUAAAGAUGCUGUUGUUGGAUUGAAAUGGUGCCCUUACAAUGAAAGUCACGUAAUAUCUGCUUCGUGGGAUCAUAGUAUUGCUGUAUGGGACCUGCAGUUAGCUGGAGAAGUGUCAAGGAUUCGUGGAUUGAAGGCCUUCACGAGCAUAGAUGUUAAUCAAAAAUCAGGGUUAGUCAUCAGCAGCAACACAGAUGCGGUACCACGGCUAUACGAUCCCCGAAGUCAUGAUGGUUCUCUUGUGAAGCAAUCAUUCGUUGGUCAUACGGGUUGGGUUUCAUGUGUGAGAUGGAAUCCUUGCGAUGAGAGAUGUUUCGUAAGCUCAUCAUUUGACAAGUCGGUCAAAAUGUGGGAUAUUAGAUCGUCAAAAACUUCAUUGUUUGAUUUACAUGGGCAUGAUGAUCGUGUAUUAUGUUGUGCAUGGGGUCAGAAUGGUCUUAUAGCAAGCGGAUCUGCGGAUGCUACAGUGAAAAUAUUUUCAACUACUUGA